AUGAAUCCAGACAAAUGCUUCCCGUCGAGCUCUUGUCAGGCUGUUGGAUUGCCGAAUACAUUUUCAGAGGAUACUGAAUUUAAGCCACAAUCAUCUUCUACAAAUAUUCGUGUUCAGCCAUAUGUAAUAAAUGCACCUACUUCAAUUGCUAGCCGUCGACUUUUUGAAGAACUUCAUAAUUUACGCGAGGCUCCUUUAAAACAUCAAGGAGAUGUUUAUUUGGGAUUGACUCGAAAUUGGAAAUCUACGAUGGGAGUGGUGGAUGUGCUUGAGAUGUUGAUUUCUCUGUUUUACUCCUGUGAUACACACAAUCCUUUAAUCCCUCAUAUUGCAAAACAAUAUCUCACUCAAUUUGAAGAGUUCGAGAAAAUGGCAAGGAUUUGGACGAAAAGAUAUGCUUCUUAAAUUAUUUUUUAAGGCCAGACUUUUAAAAGUAUUUUUUAAUUUUUUUGACUUUUAUUUGUGGGUUAAGGUUGGCGAAUCCUGGGAAAUUUUCG